AGAUUUCAUAGGAAUUGGACCCAGCAUACAGUUACUGUCUCUUUUCUAACUUUUCUUCUUUCUUUUCGUCUUAUUCUAUCUCCAGGACAAUCAAAGAAGUGCUCAAGUGUGCUUUUACAUUAAUGCCUUUGCAUUUGGGUCAAGAACAAAAAAGGUAGUUUUCCACUUAUCACGCCAUGGCAAAUCAGUCACCCUCGCAAUCUCCUCUCCUUCUCGACCCAUUGGACACGCUAGUCUUUAAAGUUGCUAAGCAUCCGCUCCCAUCAGUUGAUUCAGAGAAUGGUCACACUGAGUGUCUCCUCACUCUCACCAACACCAGCCUUAAGAGGAUUGGAUUUAAAAUGAAAUCCACAGCCGUUCAACAUUAUGGCGCUGAUCCAGCCACUGGGAUAAUAGAACCUGGAAGACGACUAGUUGUGUCAGUUCGUCUGUGGCAUCAAACUGGUGUUGAUUUAACAACCUUACCAUGGGAGAGACACAAAGUUGGAGUCACUUAUCAUGCUGUCAGCACUGACUGUAUUGAGCGUGACGUCGAUAUAUGGUUGAAGAUGCACAAAGAAACUGCAGACACUAAGUUUCUAAAAUGUGUCAUAAGACAUAGUGAUAAUGAAGAUGAACCUCCUCUUCAAUCCUAUCAUCACUAUUCAACAAGAAGAUUUGAAAACCCUGGCACACUAAUCUCAGACAGUAAUCCUAUGAGAGUUAUUCAUGAAUCCAUUGUCUCUGAACUAGAGAGACAAAAGAAACAACUAGCGCAAGAGAAUGCUCAACUUAGGAGUGAGAAUGUACAACUUAAAGACGAGGUCAAUUCACUGAGAGUUCUCUUACAGUCGACUGAGAGAGACUACAGCAAUGAGUUGAAACAAGUUAAAACACAGCUGUAUGAACUGCAAGAGGAGAGCAGGCGAUCUCGUUGGGAAGUGAGCAGCAGUGAGAUUCAUGUAAAGAAAGAGAUUGGUCGUGGGGCAUAUGCUACAGUAUACGAGGGUUACUUUAGAGAGCAGAGAGUCGCUGUCAAGGUACUUCAUGAUAUGAUCAAGAGUCAUCACAAUUUAGAAGUGUUUAAAAGAGAAGUUAGCCUACUGGCUAGAGUGCGUCAUCCGAAUCUAUUACUCUUCAUAGCGGUUGCCUUUGAUCAUGAGAACGAGAGACCGCUGAUGGUGACAGAAUUAAUGACAAUGUCACUGAGAAUUGGCUACACUAAAGGCAUUGUGAAGAGAUUGGACAUGAGACAGAUAAUGUACGAUGUUGCCUGCGCUCUCCAUUAUCUUCACUCUCAAGAGGAGCCUAUACUUCAUCGUGAUGUGAGCAGUGCUAAUGUCCUGUUGCAGAAGCAAGAUGAUGUCUGGAGAGGGAAGCUCUCUGAUUUUGGUGCUGCUAAUCUCGCAAGGCUCAGUGUUUCAAGUGCUCCAGGUGCUGAGGUGUAUACAGCUCCUGAAGUUCCUCGUGAGUGUGUGGCCUUGUCCUUUGACAAGACUCAGAAGCAAAGACAAGAACAAACGACUAAAGUAGACGUAUUUAGUUAUGGUGUGUUACUCUGUGAGGUUUUCACCGAGACACCUCAGCUACCGAGUCAGCGCGAGUUCUCUACAAUGCUCAGAUAUUUUGAGAACCGUUUUCCUGGGAUGCACAUAAUAAUCAAGAGCUGCAUCGAAAGAGAUCCAUCCCUUAGACCUACAAUGGAGGAAAUAUUGCAAGAAUUGAGAAAGAUCUUUCCGUCUUGUUAAUAAUGUUUUUUUUCUAAUGAAUAGAUCUCUUAACUUUUUUUUUAAAUAAAAA